CGAACCAUUCAGCGCGGGUAUCCAUCUUCCGACUCCACGCAAGUUGUGACCAGCGGGGGCAUCUUCCGGCAAGGCGCAUCUUCACCUCCGCCAUGUGUGCUGUCCUGUGGAAGCGUCGAGCAGCAGGUGUGUCGUCGACUCCGGCGUACGCCAUCUCCUGUUGCAGCAUACGGCAGCGGGCGCAUUUACGGGUCCGGCGUGCGUGGUCUCCUGCGGCAGGGUUGCGGAGCGGGCGUGUCUUUGGCGGCUGUGGCAGGCGUCACGCUGUGGGGGCAGAACGAUUCCCAGAGAUGGACGUUCGCGGCAGCGGGCACGGUCUGCGCGAAGAGGAGAUCGACGCGGUGGUGCUGGCGGUUACUGCCGUCGUCGUGAACACGAUGGGCGACAUGUCGUCGUCCUCAAGCAACAUGCUGACGCAGCUCCGUAAACGAAGAGUGCUGUUGCAGCGCAUUGCCGAAGCGCUGGAUUGCAUCGCCACGUGUGAGGCAGUCCUGUGGAGGCGUGCAGAAGCUGGUGAGCUGUUCGACGCACCUCCGGAGAAUCUGCCGCACGGUGUCGUCACGCGAGGUUACCUGCUAGGCGACAACGGUUAUCCAGUUGCCUGUCCAUGGAUCGUGCAACCGUACGGAGGAAUCGACCAAGAUUCUGACGAGGAGUGCUUCGACACGCGGCAAAAGGUGGCGUGGGGGUGUGCGGAGAGGGCAUUUGGGCGACUGAAGUGCAUGUGGCGUCUGUUCUUGCGCACCCACAAGACGAAUCUGGAGACCUUGCCACAACAAUUCGUGACCGUGUGCACUCUCCACAACAUCCUCCUCGACGCGGGGAUCGACUUCGAUGAGAACCUUUUGUGGGAGGUGGAUGAGAACGGCAUUCGGCGUAGAGUAGACUUGGGCAUUGUGGGGAACGGCGCGGCCGGGCAGCGACGGAGCACGAACGUGGACGGGGACUUGUCGCGGGAUGCACUUCGAGACCGCCUAGCUCUGAUGUAGGACCGUGCGGACGGGAGGGGGAGGGGGGGGGGGGGGGGGGGGGGGGGGGGGGGGGGGGGGGUAGGGGGCGAGAGCACGUGGGUUGGUGCGAUCGGCAGGCAGGUGGAAUUGGCACGUGGCCCGUGUCCAUUGGCGUC